AUGCCAGGUGCACAAGUCAAGGCGGACCUGUGGUUCUCCGAGUAUAUCACGCCGUUUGACGUGUACCAGCACGGCGUGCGCCGCGUAGACGUCGUCGAGUCCACCGCUUACCAGGACCUCGUCAUAGCGGAUAUUGGUACCUACGGGAAAGCUCUUUUUCUCGACGGUAAACUGCAGUGUACAUCGGGUGACGAGGCGCUCUACCAUGAGCCGCUGUGUCACGUGCCGUGUCUACUGCACGGUUCCCCGAAAAACGUACUCAUUCUCGGAGGCGGCGAUGGCGGUGCAGCGCGUGAGCUACUCAAAUGGGAUACGAUUCAACGAAUCGAUAUCGUCGAUAUUGAUGAUCAGGUCAUCCAGGCAUGUAAGAAGCACUUGAGCGUGAUUCAUCACGGCUCGCUUCAUGACCCGCGGGUGAAGGUGCACGCAACCGACGCCUGGGCAUUUGUGCAGAAAAGCACUGACCAGUACGACGUGAUUUUGAGCGAUCUGACGGAUCCACUGGAGCACGGUCCUAGUCUGGCGCUGUUUACACGAGAAUUUUUCCUAGCGGUGAAAGGCCGACUGCACCAUGAUGGCGUUUUCGUCACCCAGGCGGGUCCGACAAGCCUCAACGAGUCACCAAUGCAUCCGCGCAUCGUGAAGACGUUGCAAGCCGUCUUCGCUUCGGUGUAUCCGUUCCAGGCGUUCAUUCCUUCCUACGGGAGUCCGCAGGGUUUUGCAGUCGCCAGCGAUAAACCGCUGGUUGUACACGGAGAUGCUGCUGUCGAGGCAGUGGAGCGGCUGAUUACGGAACGUCUCGGGGAGGCAGCGCUGCGCACUUUGGAUGGCAUAUCGUUUACGGGGCUUUUCUGUUUGCCAAAGGAUGUGCGGGAGCAGAUCAAGCGGGAGAAAAUUGUAUAUAGUCUCAAGCAAGGUGGCUUUGCACCCGACACGCUGCCCGGUGCACGAGCCAACGACGACGACGACGACGGUAAUGAUGAUGGUAAUGAUCGCAACAAAGCCGUCGACAGCAGCGUCUCACUGAACCGUUGA